CAGAAACGUCUGGACGCGAACUCGCCAAGCAGCCGCACAUAAAGACGAUAUUUAAAGACGAAAGCAGAAAAAGACCUGGGACUCGUUACUUACUGCUAAGUUGUGUAAUUUUCUCCUUCUGCCUGAUUCCGUCUCCGCGGAAGGACGAAGCGAUUUAAGGACAAUGGGGACGUCUGUGUGCUCUAACGGGACCGACGGGACCGACGGGACGGGUGACGACGUGCCGAAGCCUCUGCGCGCGUGUCUGGUGGCACUUGUGGUGCUGCUCAUCCUCCUUACCGUGUUUGGCAACGCGCUGGUUGUGAUCGCCGUGUUCACCAGCCGAGCAUUGAAAGCUCCUCGGAACCUUUUCCUGGUCUCGUUGGCUUCGGCUGACAUUUUGGUGGCGACGCUGGUCAUGCCCUUCUCGCUGGCCAACGAGCUGAUGGGCUACUGGUAUUUUGGCCAGGCGUGGUGCGUGGUGUACCUGGCUCUGGAUGUGUUCUUCUGCACCGCCUCCAUUGCGCACCUGUGUGCCAUCAGCCUGGACCGCUACUGGUCCGUGACCCGGGCCGUGGAGUACAACCUGAAGCGCACGCCCCGCCGCAUCAAGUGCGUCAUCCUCGCGGUGUGGGUCGUCGCUGCCGUCAUCUCCUUCCCGCCGCUCGUCACCGCAGAGAAGGAGGGACAGCGGGAGGCGGGGCGCCCCGUGUGUGAGAUCAACGAGGACAAGUGGUACAUAAUCUCAUCCUGCGUUGGCUCCUUCUUUCUGCCCUGCGGCAUCAUGGUGCUCGUUUACAUCCGCAUCUACCGGAUAGCCAAGAGCAGGACGAGGGUAGGGAGAGGGAGGGGAGAGGAAGACGAACUACAACGGAGGGAUGACGCUGGAAAGGAGGAGGAUGGCGAAGGCCGGCACCGAGAUGAGCCCGGACGCGAUCCAGACGACGUCGCAGAUGAGUCGUCCUCUUCCGACCGCAAGGAGGAUGAUGACGCUCGCGCCGACGCGAAGAAGCGAACUGUAGGCGCAGCCGACUCAAGAAGGGUCAGACCCGGGGACAAGACAGGCGAGCGGUCCACACGGCGGGGUGGUGCUCGUGGACGCUGGAAAGGCCGGCAGAACCGCGAGAAGCGUUUCACCUUCGUCCUGGCCGUCGUGGUCGGCGUCUUCGUCGUCUGCUGGUUCCCUUUCUUCUUCACAUACACACUGAAGGCACUUUGCGACUCGUGCUACGUUCCCGUCACGCUCUUCAAGUUCUUCUUUUGGUUCGGCUACUGCAACAGCUCGCUCAACCCCAUCAUCUACACCAUCUUCAACCGCGACUUCAGGAGAGCUUUCAAAAAGAUCCUGUGUCGAGGAGAACGCAGGCACGUGUGAAGCAAACGCUGUGUUCGCGGGUCAUUUCUGACGCUGUAAACAUUUCGCGGUGGUCGCAAAGAGAUGGACGACGGAUCGUGAAGAACGGCUGCUUCAAUAUGACACCUGCUCGUGUUAUACGUCGAUAAGGGCGAUAAGAAGAAAACGGCCUGCGGUGCCUCGCUCUGUAAAUAUCACAAAUGACACAGCGGGAAGCUGUGCGUGAGACGCUUCCUCAUGUUCCUCUUAACAUGUUUGAGGUGUGUGUGAUGUUAGAUAUGGAUAUUUCAGACAGAGAUCAUGUUUUGUCGUGUCUGGGGAACGUCAGUAAAAUGCGACUAAAUUAAUAUCGCCCCCUAACGAUUUGACAAAACAACAAACGCAGUAAGAAAACACAACUCUCAUCUCCUCUCAUCUGCUUUUAUGUAUUCCCUUAAUGUGUAUAAGAGCUUAAUACGAGCCAUUAGGCAAAACAACCUGGUUUCAUGUCACCGAGAUCCUCUUCUGUCAUGAACACGGGACAGAUCUGAAAUAAAACUGACCCUGAGGUUAAAGUCUAGCUUUAAAUAAUCGCUCCGUCAUGUAAAUCAUGCAGUAAAGUACACGCAGAGAGGUCAUAUACGGGGCAAAGACGUCCCACGUUCAUUACCACAGACUUGGGGGUUGGGGGGUGUAUGCACACACACACUACACAUCACAGAAAACGGUUUGUGCUCGUGCUUUAAGCGACAACCAAGUCUGUUAGAAAAUGCUACAGAAAUUUUAAAAAGAGAAGGCUGGAUUAUUUCUCUCUGUACUUUACACAUUUUUUUACACAAAUCCACAAGUUUGAUUGGAGUUUUUAUUUUUAUCAUCACUCUGAAACACGAUCGAUGUUCUCGAGGUCUAGUGGUUCGUGGCUACAGAAAAUCUACCGUUAACUGAUAGAAAACAAAUGUGCUUAUAUCUGCAUCCUGGAGUUUGUUCUUAGUCCUGUGGGUUUUUUUUUUGUAGGACUUGUUGCUUGUUCUGGCUGAUAAACUGCACAUUUAUUUUUGGUCUGCUGAAAUAAAGCGGGUUUGCCCUUUAAGACAUCUGUUUAAGCACAAGACAAGAUAUCAGAUGAGACGUAAAGUCCCAUAUUAUGUUAAAAAUUGUCUUAUUUGAACAAUUUCAAAUGAAUAUGUUUAUAUUAUGUGUUCAAAUGAAGAUGUAAUUCAAUAAAAUCAGAAAGACCGGC